AUGUUAGAACAAAACGCUGGCAACUCAAGAGAUGUCAAACGAGGCGCAGUGAUAAGAAUUGUAUUCAUAUCAUUACCCCUUCUCUAUUUCUCUUUCCUAUACACUCUCUCUCCUUCACUUUCAUUCGAUCUUUCUCUCUCUCUCUUUUCAUCACUCCCCAUUCUCUCUUUCUCUCUCCUAAACUCUCUCUCUCCUUCAUUUUUCCGUCUUUCUCUCUCUCUUCAUCACGCCCCCUCCUCUCUUUCUCUCUCAUAUACUCUCUCUCUCCUUCACAUUCUUUCCGUCUUUCUCUCUCUCUCUCUUUUCAUCACUCCCCCUUCUCUCUUUCUCUCUCCUAUACACUCUCUCUCCUUCACUUUCUUUCCAUCUUCCUCUCUCUCCCUUUUCAUCACUUCCCCUUCUCUCUUUCUCUCUCCUAUACACACUCUCUCCCCCUUCACUUUCUUUCCACCUUCUUUCUCUCUCUGUCUUCAUCACUUCCCCUUCUCUCUUUCUCUCUCCUAUACACACUCUCUCUCUCCUUCACUUUCUUUCCGUCUUUCUCGCUCUCUCUUUUCAUCACUCCCCUUCUCUCUUUCUCUCUCCUAUACACACUCUCUCUCUCCUCCACUUUCUUUCCAUCUUUCUCGCUCUCUCUUUUCAUCAAUCCCCACUCUCUCUAUCUUUCUCCUAUACACUCUCUCUCUCCUUCACGUUCUUUCUGUCUUUGUCUCUCUCUGUUUUCAUCACUCCCCCUUCUCUCUUUCUCUCUCCUAUACACACUCUCUCUCUCCGUCCUUUCUUUCCAUCUUUCUCGCUCUCUUUUCAUCAAUCCCCACUCUCUAUCUCUCUCCUAUACUCUCUCUCUCUCCUUCACGUUCUUUCUGUCUUUGUCUCUCUCUGUUUUCAUCACUCCCCCUUCUCUCUUUCUCUCUCCUAUACACACUCUCUCUCUCCGUCACUUUCUUUCCAUCUUCCUCUCUCUCUCUUUUCAUCAUUCCCCCUUCUCUCUUUAUAAUUCAUAUCUAUCUAUCUAUCUAUCUAUCUAUCUAUCUAUCUAUCUAUCUAUCUAUCUAUCUAAUGUUAUCCAUAUCUAUCUAUCUAUUGAAUGUUAUCCAUAUCUAUCUAUCUAUCUAUCUAUCUAUCUAUCUAUCUAUCUAUCUAAUGUUAUCCAUAUCUAUCUAUCUAUUGAAUGUUAUCCAUAUCUAUCUAUCUAUCUAUCUAUCUAUCUAUCUAUCUAUCUAUCUAUCUAUCUAUCUAUCUAUCUCAUUCUAUCGAAUAUUACCCAUAUCUAUCUAUCUAUCUAUCUAUCUAUCUAUCUAUCUAUCUAUCUAUGUGUCGAAUGUCAUCCAUAUCUAUCUAUCUAUCUAUCUAUCUAUCUAUCUAUCUAUCUAUCUAUGUCUAGUCAUAUCUAUCUAA